GCCAAGUGUGCCGACGGUCGAGUCUCAGGAAGCGAAGCACCAACUACCACCUUUCAGAAAAGUUUAAACAUGACGAUGAAAACCACGCUUUAAAUUUUCUUCACCUUGGGCUAUGCAUAUAUUUCUUACCUAACAAGUUUCAAAUGAAUAAUGCUGGAUGGUUGCGCUGAUGAGGUUCACCAGGGAUAUAUGCCGGUUACUGGGGCUAGGGAGUGGCUCCAGUGACAAGAGGGCAGAGGACAUGGAGACCAGUGCCACCUCAGACCACAAUAAGGACACAGUCUUGCAAGAUGUGUUGAAUGGAGAGGAGGGUCUCAGUGAAGAGGAGAAGGCCCGGAGGAGAGCGGAGAGACGAAGAGCUAAGAGGAAGCGUCAGCGAGAGCGGAAGAAACUUGAAAAGGGUAAAAAGGAUGAGCGCACUGUGCAGGCAGAGGACGAUUGUGGCGGAGGGAGUGCAGUUGACUCUGAGCUGGAAGACAGUGAUUCAGAGGAAGAAGAGGAGCAGGUGGAGGUAAAGGAGAAGGUGGAGGAGAAAGCAGAGGCUCUGUGUAAGGACAAUACAGCAGCACCACUGGCCUCAGAGAACAAAGGCAACCAGCCAUCCUCAGCUCGGCCUAGCGAAGAGGAGCCGGAAUGGGAUGUAAGCAGUGCCUUUGUUGCUAACGCUGUUAGUCACAUUAGGCCUAAAGCCAAGAGCAAAGGAGGUCGCAAAUCCAAAGAGAACAAAGAAAAUGAGGCCAGAACCAGGGAGGUCAGUGGAUCUGAGUCUGUGAAUAAAAGUGCCUCACUGACAGAAAAAGGGAUCAGGCUGGUGCAAGAGGGGCAGUACUCUCAGGCUGUUAGUAUGUUUACAGAAGCUAUUAGAUGUGACCCAAAGGACUACAGGUUUUUUGGGAAUCGCUCAUACUGUUACUACUGUCUGGAGCAGUACCCUCUGGCACUUACUGAUGCUGAAAAGUCUAUACAGAUGGCCCCAGAAUGGCCUAAAGGCUACUACCGCAAGGGAAGCGCCCUGAUGGGCCUUAAGAGGUACAGUGAGGCUGAGAAAGCUAUGGAGCAAGUGCUAAAGCUGGAUAAGGACUGUGAAGAAGCAGCCAGUGACCUCUUUUACUGCAAAGUGCUACAGCUUAUGGACCUUGGUUAUGAAGAAGAGCAAAGUGUGCUACUGCUUGAGAAGUACAGCACAGUACAGGGUGUUCUAGCAGCCAGAGCUGCCAACCAUGACUCUGCCCUUCUGCAGCCAGGAAGCCCUUGCCCUUCUCUCUGGGUGGGUAAUGUAACCACAGAACUGACAGAGAAGCACCUGCGGGACCUUUUCAAAAACUAUGGAGAAAUCGAAAGCAUCCGAGUGCUACACGAGCGGUUUUGUGCCUUUGUUAAUUUUAAGAAUGCUAACAUGGCCACACGUGCGAUGGAAAAGCUGAAUGGUUAUGGAAUAGAGAACACACGGUUAGUAGUCCGUUAUCCAGACAGACGUAUCCAGAGACCUUUACCUGUUCCUACUGCACCUCAGGCUGCAGGAGCUUCUGGGCCGAGGCGCAAAGGUCCUGUCAAUGGAGAUGAGUGUUAUUUCUGGAGGACCACUGGGUGUCACUUUGGGGACAAGUGUCGCUAUAAACACAUUCCUGAACAGAGGGGCAAAGACAGGAAGCCCUGGCAGCCCUGAAUCUCCAGUUUCUCUCUCUGUCUCUGUCUCUUUUUGUAUGUCUGUCUGACUUUCUGUCUCUGUCUGCCUCUCUCAGUCUAUCUCUAUCUCUCUGACUAAAUGGGACUGCAUGAGUUCAGGGACUUGUUUUUGUUUUGGAUACACAUAGGUUCUUUCAAUGGGAAAAGGACCUGUAUUGUCUUACUACAAAUCUGGUUCAGAUCAGAGAUGACCUCAGUGCCUUUGGGCGUUGCUUCAGCACUCUGAUAUCACUGCCAGCUUUUCAUGCUUGGGCAAGAGAGCGAAGAGGAAAGCGCUCCUGGGAACAGUGUGCAGCUUCUCUGAAGAGGGGAGGUUUGGGUGGUGCACAGAGCUGGGUGAUUGACCAAGCCACAGUCACUGUCUGCUGAGGUCUGUGGUCAGGCCUGCUUCAUCAUAUCGUCUCCUCUCUUCUCUUUUCCUGUGCCAGCACCACCAAACCAAAGGAGAGCCGCAGAUCAGUUCUGACAUUUCAGCUCAUCCCGAGCAAAUUCCUUUCAGACUGCUGAGGUGUGAUGAGGCCUUAGCUACAUGUUCUGCACAGCCUUAACAAGAGGAAUCUUGCACAAAAACAGAAAAUGCUACUAUUAAAACCUCCCACUAAAAGAUGCGUGGAUUUUUACCAAAGAAUAACACCCUGUCCUCUGUGGGGUUCAAAUCAAGGUAAAAAUAAUCCUUUGCAGAGAGGGGACACGCCAUUUUAUAUUUAUGCAUGAUGAUCAUGUGGCUUUUUUUUUAAGGUUAUGUUUAAAUAUACAAACACUCCAGGUUUAGUCAGCAGUGUGUUUGUGACCAUAUUUUGAUCUAUUUAACAUCAAGAAGUAAAAUGGUUGGAUGGGAGAAAGCUAAAUAAGUUCUGUUCUGUUUGCAAAGAGCCCUUGAUGUAUUCCUUUUUUUUAAUGGACACUAAUGUUAAAAUGGGGUAAAGCCAGCAUUUGCCAAAGAAAUUUGGAAUGUUGGAUCAUCUGUUAUUUUAACAUAUAUUUUGGUUUCAUGUAUUAUUGCACUUUAUACAUCAAUACACACUGCUAUUUGAAAUUUCAAGUAUUGAUAGAUUGGUAGACAGUAUAUGUUUUAACAGAGCUUUGGUUUCUUAUAGUAAGUGGAUACAUUUUCCCCAAGGUGUUGACUACAAUUCUUAGUAAUUAUAAGCAUUUUUAAUCUCUCUUCAUAAUGUUAAGUCUUGUAUGUUCGCCAUACUUUGUCACGGCUAUCAAAUCUUUUGAAGGGCUAUUGUUAUUCAUCCAUCUUUACAUGGUUUGGAACACAGUAAUGGGGUGAUUGCCACUACAGGCACUCUCCACUAACUGAAGAUCUUUGCUGCCAAAAAAAUAUUCUGUAAUGUGUAUUGUCAGGGAGUGGACCUUGAUGUUGGAUUAGUUUUCUUACUUGUUGGGAAAAAAAAUUACGAGGACCUCAUUGUGUAAGGCUAAGGAAAGUGCUGUUUGCAUUUUGUAGAACUGAUUUACUGAUGUUUAACAGAGGAUUAACCAAAGAGACACUAAUAUUAACCCUGGGAGUGCUAGUCCUAGAGACCUGCAGGUUAGUGUUUAGUCUGUUCAGAAACACUUUUUGCAACUCUCAAAAGGUUUAACAGUUGAUGAGCCAAGUUGGAUUUGUUAGAUGAAAGAAAACGCUAAACUGUGUAGUCUUUUUGACUUUGAAGACUAGAGUCUCACAUCCCUAAGUAGCACAAUGCUAUAACAGACCUUCAAACCACUACAGGCCACACUACCCAACAAAAAUGGUCAAAAGGCUCUAUCGGAGCUCCUUUUUCCAUUGCUAAAAUACAGUACAUUCAAUCUAAAUGUUAGCAUUAAUGGGAACAGUGAUAAUUUUUCACAUUUCUAGUUCUUCCGAGUGCCUUACUGAGACCAUUUCCAUUCAUGCUAGUCAUUUUAAACAUUGUAUAUUAAUUUUGGGUUUGCUGUCUGUCUUUAUGAAGUGGACCCCCAAUGCAGAAAAGACAACUGAAAUUGUAAGCACUUCAUUGGUUGCAAACCAAUAGUGUACCUGAUCAAUAGAGGAGUUUAACAUCUUUAUAAGUUUUGGAUAUUAAGGCCACUAAUAAACCAUAUGCCUUCCAUUAUUGUUCAUGAUGAUGCCAUGAACUCCUUCAAAAUUAGUUUUUCUCUGGUGGUAAUCCAUAAUAGAUUUUUACUCAUUGUCUCCCUUGUGCAGCAGGGCAAAAAUAAACAUGAAGAAUAAUCUCAAAUAUUUAUCCUUUCGCAGUAUCUUUAAGUCAUAGAAUAGAAUCAGAAGAAUUGUCCCCAAGAGCCUUCACUUAGCGGCAAAUGAUGCAGCUGAAGAGGGCGCACUAGCUCUGUUAUAUUAGCAAAGUUUCUCUGUUAUUACUCUUAUAUUUUUGUUUGCUAUUUCUGCCUCAUGUUUUAUUUCUUUGUUUUUGUGGCUUUUAAUGUUUUCCUUUGCAAAUGCCAUUUUGAACGCUUUUUUUCCCUCUGUAGAUAACGGUGUUCCAUCCUUAAGUGUUAUGAUAUUCUGCACUGUAUUGCCAAAGAGUUAAUUGUAAUAAAUUUAUAAAUGUACUGACUCCUGA